AUGGACUCAACUGCAAUGGACAUCAGUCAAGACCUCGUGCAGGUCUUGAAGGUCCCUCGCGUAGCUGCUAUCGUGACAUUUCUUCUUGGAUGGGGAGUAUACACGCUCUACCGCUACAUCACCCAUCCUCUCUACAAAAUCCCUGGUCCUCGCCUCGCAGCAUGGUCCAACCUCCCCUACAGCCGUAUGUUUCUCAGCGGCCGCCAACCCUACGCCAUUUUAGCCCUGCACGAAAAGUAUGGUCCAGUAGUCCGCGUCGCACCCAACGAAAUCUCCUUCUCAUCCCCAUCAUCAUGGGAAGACAUAUACGGUUUCCGCCCCGGUCACAAGACCUUCAAGAAAAGUCCUUUUUACAGCGGAGGUAGUUUUGCUGAUCGUGCUCACUCUAUUGUUAGCGAACGAGAUCCUACGGAGCAUGGGACUAUGAGGAAGUAUCUCAGUCAUGCGUUUAGUGAUCAUAGUUUGACGAAGCAGGAACAUCUUGUUGCUGAGAAUGUUGAUUUGCUUAUUUCGCAGCUUGGUGCGCUGGGGGGUGGGGAUGAAGGGCUUAAUAUUGUGAAGUGGUUUAAUUUGACGACUUUUGACAUUAUUGGUAGUCUGGCAUUUGGAGAGUCUUUCGGUGGUCUCAAGUCACAGGAAUUCCAUUUCUGGAUUGACCUCGUCACCAAGGCACUCAGACAAGGCGCGCUCGCAGAUACAAUGAGCAGGUUUCCCUGGAUGGCGCAGGUCUUUAUGUGGCUGAUGCCAGGAACGAUACGGAAGCUUACUGAGGAUACCAAGAUCCAUGAGGAUCACACCAUGGCCUUGAUAGAAAAGAGGAUCAACAACCAAGACCCUCGCCCAGACUUCUUGACUCGCAUCUUGGAGCAGGAGCAGAACAUCUCGACAGUACAGCUAGCAGCUCAUGCUUCAGACUUUGUUACAGCAGGUUCUGAAACCACUGCUACCGCACUAAGCUGUAUCACAUACUAUCUCCUCAAAACACCACAUGCUUGCACCAAACUGCAGAACGAAGUUCGCUCAGCAUUCACAAAGUACGAAGAUAUCAAUUCUCAAGCUGCGAAUAGACUGCAGUACAUGCGCGCUGUCUGCCUGGAAGGCAUGAGGAUGUAUGCUCCACUUCCGUUUGCUCUGCCUAGGGUUGUGCCUGAAGGCGGUGAUACUGUAGAUGGAAUUCAACUUCCCGCUGGUACAAUUGUAUCCACCAACCCCGUUGCUGCGGGCUUAUAUUCACGAAACUGGGAAGACCCGUAUUCAUUCAAGCCAGAGCGCUGGCUCGGGGCGAAUGAGAAAGAUAUACUCGCUGCUUCACAGCCAUUCUCUCUUGGUCCCCGUGGCUGCUUGGGUCGAAAUCUCGCGUGGAUGGAACUGGGCACAAUUCUGGCAAAGCUGCACUGGAGUUAUGAUCUGGAACUUGUUAGCAAGGAGCUCGACUGGCAGCUCGACUCUCGCAUGGCAACUCUGUGGGUUAAACCCGAGCUGAUGGUUAAGGUUCAUCCACGAAAGGUGUCGGAAUAG